CUCAACGCAUCAAUGGAAAAGCAUUUGUUGAAUUAACAAAAGAAGAUCUGCAAUCAAUGGGAAUAAAAAUUGGUCCCCAGAAAUUAAUACUAAAAGUAUUAAAUUCAAUAAAAUUGCCAAAUUCGAUUCCUAAUGAAACAGGUAUAAUCCAGGUUAAUUCUGAUAUUAAUUCAUUGCAGCAAUCAUGCAUUACGUCACAGCCUGUAACUAGCACAGCGAGUACUUUGUCCCAGCCUGGAAGUAGUGCCGUUAAUUUUUCUACAAUUGAU